GGAGUUACCUCGGUGAGCGUGAAGGCGGAGCCCGCUCCGAGGGGCGGGCUCGAGGCGGGGAGAGGGGCGGGGCUCCAGGGACCUGUUGAUCGCAGGUGUCACUGGCCUGACUGGUCCCUGGGUAUUGGGGCGUAUGCGCAUGCUCUGCUCACAGGGUCGGGCUCUGGGCGGCGGAGACCAGCCGCCUGUGCUCCAGUUCCCGGUGAGCCUUGGUACUGUGGCAGCAGUCAGUGUGUCUGGCGGGUGUCGGCGUGAAGCGGGACUGGGCCAGCGGGAGGUAGCUCUGUGGGAGUGGAAGGCCUGUAUUUCUCUACCUGGACCGCACGCUCCUCGCGCAAGGAGGGUAGAGCUCAAGUUCCGUGAUGAUGGUCUAAGCAAACACCCUUCGUCCUGUUAAAGAUAAAUUAAAAAAAAAAACAAAAACAAAAAAAACAAAGGGAACAAAACUUACUCUGCAAAAGUAAUAUAUGAUUUACCUGCUGUUGUCAUAAGAAUUCCAAAUAGACAAACUCGGUAUGCUUGGGAUUUGCUUUACAUUCUAAGUGGAUUUGGAGAAGAGACAAUAAAGAAUAAGCAGUCAAUUCUAUAAUAUAUUUAGAAGGAGAAAAGUGCCAAGGAGGAAUGAAAAAGUAGAGCAAGAGACAGCAUCUUGCUGCCACCCAGGCUGGAGUGCAGUGGUGCAGUCUUAGCUUACUGCAGCCUCAAACUUCUGGGCUCAAGUAAUCCUCCCGCCUCAGCUUCCUGAGUAGCUGAGAUUACAGAUUUGCUUUGAGGUCACAUUGAUAUGAAAUAUGGAGUCACCUUUCAUAACUUCACCUGGGAAAGAGAGAGAAAACUUUCUUGUUAAAAAAACAUAAGGAAAACAAACAACCAAAGGAAUCAUGCCAAAUGCCAACUCUACAUCUUUUUGUAUUAUUAACAUAUUUUAUGCAUCAAGACAAAUGGCUUAUGCAUUAAAGGGGAUGAUUCGUUCAUCAGUAUUUUUAGCCAUUAAAAAAAAUCGUUUUCAUAUUAACCUUAUACAGCUCCCAUAAAAUUUAACACAUAUAAACAUCUUUAACGCCUUGUUUAAAAUAGCUUUUUUUUUUAGUGCUUAGAACUUCAAUGUUUAUGCACCCUAUUGUUACUUGUCAAAGUCUUUAAGAGUUUAUAACAUCAGGAAAGAUAUGGACUUGGAAACUUACAUUAUUAAAAUAGGCUGCAGUGGAUUUAAUUGGACAAUUCAAGACAUCCAUUUUAUUGUCCAAAAUAUUACAUAAAAGUGUACAGUUUUUAGCCUAAAUGCAAACAAAGUUGCUUGAAAAUGGCAUGGGUAAAAUUCUUACGGAAACCUGGUGGCAAUCUUGGAAAAGUUUAUCAGCCUGGAAGUAUGCUAUCACUAGCCCCUACCAAAGGCUUGUUAAAUGAACCAGGACAAAACAGCUGCUUUCUUAAUAGCGCUGUACAGGUUUUAUGGCAAUUGGAUAUAUUCCGACGAAGCUUGCGGGUUUUGACUGGACAUGUUUGUCAGGGAGAUGCCUGUAUAUUUUGUGCAUUGAAGAUGAUAUUUGCACAGUUCCAACACAGUCGAGAAAAAGCACUUCCCUCAGAUAACAUAAGGCAUGCUCUUGCAGAAAGUUUCAAAGAUGAGCAGCGAUUUCAACUUGGCCUUAUGGAUGAUGCUGCGGAGUGCUUUGAAAAUAUAUUGGAGAGGAUUCAUUUUCACAUAGUGCCAAGCAGAGAUGCAGACAUGUGUACCUCUAAAUCUUGUAUCACUCACCAGAAGUUUGCUAUGACUCUGUAUGAACAGUGUGUGUGUCGUAGCUGUGGAGCAUCAUCAGAUCCUCUACCUUUUACAGAAUUUGUGCGGUACAUUUCUACAACAGCCUUAUGCAAUGAGGUUGAAAGAAUGUUGGAAAGGCAUGAACGCUUUAAACCUGAAAUGUUUGCAGAAUUGCUACAAGCAGCAAAUACAACAGAUGACUAUAGGAAAUGUCCUAGUAACUGUGGCCAAAAAAUAAAAAUUCGCCGUGUUUUAAUGAAUUGCCCAGAGAUUGUUACAAUUGGUUUAGUCUGGGACUCCGAGCAUUCUGACUUGACCGAAGAUGUUGUUCGGAAUCUAGCAACACAUCUUUAUCUUCCUGGGCUUUUUUAUAGAGUUACUGAUGAAAAUGCCAAAAAUAGUGAACUUAACCUUGUUGGUAUGAUCUGCUACACCAGCCAACAUUAUUGUGCCUUUGCAUUUCACACCAAAAGUUCCAAAUGGGUAUUUUUUGAUGAUGCAAAUGUGAAAGAGAUUGGAACUAGAUGGAAAGAUGUUGUCUCCAAAUGCAUUCGAUGCCACUUUCAGCCACUACUUUUGUUUUACGCAAACCCAGAUGGCGCAGCAGUUUCUACUGAGGAUGCACUCAGGCAGGUCAUCAGCUGGUCACAUUACAAAUCUGUUGCAGAAAAUAUGGGAUGUGAAAAGCCUGUAAUUCAUAAGUCAGAUAAUUUAAAAGAAAAUGGAUUUGGUGAUCAGGCAAAGCAGAGAGAAAAUCAGAAAUUUCCAACUGAUAAUAUUUCAUCAUCUAAUCGGAGCCACAGUCACACAGGUGUAGGGAAAGGACCAGCUAAGUUAAGUCACAUUGAUCAAAGGGAAAAGAUAAAAGACAUUUCCAGAGAAUGUGCUCUGAAAGCUAUUGAACAGAAAAACUUACUUUCUUCACAAAGGAAAGAUUUAGAGAAGGGACAAAGAAAAGAUUUAGGACGACAUAGAGAUUUGGUUGAUGAAGACCUUUCACAUUUCCAAUCUGGAUCACCUCCUGCCCCAAAUGGUUUUAAACAACAUGGGAAUCCACAUCUAUAUCAUAGUCAAGGAAAAGGAUCAUAUAAACAUGACCGAGUUGUACCUCAGAGUCGAGCUUCUGCACAAAUAAUAAGUUCAAGUAAAUCCCAGAUUCUUGCUCCAGGAGAGAAAAUAACUGGCAAAGUUAAGAGUGACAAUGGCGCUGGAUAUGACACAGACAGCAGCCAAGAUUCUAGGGAUAGAGGAAACAGCUGUAAUAGCAGCAGUAAAAGCCGGAACCGAGGUUGGAAACCUAUGAGAGAAACAUUAAAUGUUGAUAGUAUUUUUAGUGAAAGUGAAAAAAAACAGCAUAGUCCAAGACAUAAACCAAAUAUCAGUAAUAAGCCUAAAUCUAGCAAGGAUCCAAGUUUUAGUAAUUGGCCAAAAGAGAAUCCAAAGCAAAAAGGUUUAAUGACCAUAUAUGAAGAUGAAAUGAAGCAGGAAAUAGGAAGCAGAAGUUCCCUUGAAUCUAAUGGAAAAGGAGCAGAGAAAAAUAAAGGCCUUGUAGAGGGUAAAGUGCAUGGUGAUAAUUGGCAGAUGCAAAGGACUGAGUCUGGAUAUGAAAGCAGUGAUCACAUCAGUAAUGGAUCUACUAAUUUGGACUCACCUGUUAUCGAUGGAAAUGGUACAGUAAUGGAUAUCAGUGGUGUUAAAGAAACAGUAUGCUUCAGUGACCAGAUUACGACAAGCAACCUAAAUAAAGAACGUGGGGACUGUACCUCCCUUCAGAGCCAACAUCACUUAGAAGGCUUUAGAAAAGAACUCAGGAAUUUGGAAGCAGGCUAUAAAUCUCACGAAUUCCACCCAGAAUCACAUUUACAAAUAAAAAAUCAUUUGAUAAAAAGAUCACAUGUACAUGAAGACCAUGGAAAGUUAUUUCCUUCAUCCAGUCUACAAAUACCCAAGGACCAUAAUGCAAGAGAACAUAUCCACCAGUCAGAUGAACAGAAACUUGAAAAACCAAAUGAAUGCAAAUUUUCUGAGUGGCUUAAUAUAGAAAAUUCUGAGAGAACAGGUUUGCCUUUUCACGUUGAUAACUCUGCUUCUGGGAAGAGAGUGAACAGUAAUGAACCAUCUUCAUUAUGGUCUUCACACCUAAGAACUGUUCGGUUAAAGCCAGAAACUGCUCCUCUCAUCCAGCAGCAAAAUAUUAUGGAUCAAUGUUACUUUGAGAACUCUCUAUCCACAGAAUGUAUAAUUCAGUCAGCCAGCAGAUCUGAUGGGUGUCAGAUGCCAAAACUUUUUUGCCAGAAUCUACCACCCCCUUUGCCACCAAAGAAAUAUGCUAUAACCAGUGUGCCACAGUCAGAGAAAAGCGAAUCUACACCUGAUGUCAAACUUACAGAGGUGUUUAAAGCUACCUCUCAUCUUCCGAAGCACAGUUUAAGUACAGCUUCAGAACCAAGUUUAGAAGUGAGUACACAUAUGAAUGAUGAAAGACAUAAAGAAACAUUUCAAGUGAGAGAAUGUUUUGGCAACACACCAAACUGUCCAUCCAGCUCCUCAACUAACGAUUUUCAGGCAAACUCAGGUGCCAUUGAUGCAUUUUGCCAACCAGAACUAGACUCUAUUUCUACCUGUCCAAAUGAGACAGUUGCAUUAACUACCUAUUUUUCAGUUGAUAGCUGCAUGACGGAUACAUAUAGAUUGAAAUACCAUCAGAGGCCCAAGCUGUCUUUUCCAGAGAGCAGUGGCUUUUGUAAUAAUUCACUAUCUUAGAGUGAAAAAGGACUAGACCUGUGUUACAUAAUAAUCUUGGUUCAAGCUGCCCUUCUGAACAAAGAUAUAAACCUAGCAUACAUUGUAAUAGAUAACUGGUAAAAUUGACCAACUUUUACUUCUCAGAGGCCAUUUAAAUAUAAUAGGAACCUACUGACCAAACCUAGUGAUACAUAAAAUUAAAGCCUGUGGCAUCUUUAAAGUUGUUAAUCACUAUACAUACGUACGUGUAUAUGUGUAUACACAUAUAUAAUUUUAUGAUCAAUAUCUUAGAUAUUUUAGAAAUUCCCUUUGAAUAGUCUUGGCGUGCUGUGAAAAAUAGAAAAUCAGGGAGAUAUAAUAAUUCAUUUGUCAUAUGCUACAGUUGAAUAAAAAUUAAAUUUGUCCCCCUAUUUUGUGGCCAGUAGACUGGGAAGUAUUAAACUAACCAGUACUCAUGUAUGGAGAUUAUAAACUAUGCUAAUUGAAAAGUACCAGGUGAUACAUAGCCUGGUACUUUUUUGUCAAAGAAUUGCUUUAUGAAGAAGCACUUUCUAAUGGGUAACCAGAAAAGGGCUUCACCCAUUUGUUUUUGACUUCUAUGAUAGUCACUGCAUAAGAUCCUUUUAAGUGUCUUAAAAAAAAUGACUUAUGAAUUUGAUAGCAUUUGGGGAAAAAAAGCCUUAUAUGAUUAACAAUUUGUAAGUUUUCAAGAUCAGAUGGAAUUUAAUUUUGCUCCUAGAAUUUUUGUCUUCAGAAUAUCUAGUUAAGAUAAAUUAGGCCUUUGACUAUUAUAGGUAUUCAUAAAUGCUACUUUAGCCAUGUAAGUUAAAAAGUUAAAAUACUUAAACUUUAUUUAUUUAUCUCGUUACUUUUUUUCUAAUUUUAUAUGAAAUGUGAAAGGUCUUUAUUUUGGUUUGGUUUACUUUGGGCUGCUAACCACCAGUGUUAGGAAUUAAUGUAGGGCCCCCUCUUAUUGGGAAUGUCACUGUAAUUGCCUACAUUUUCUUUGCUGUAAUAUUACCUGCUUAUAGGUUGUCAACCCAUUUUAUCUGAAUUUGAAAAUCUAUCUAGGUUUCCAGAUUAAAUUUCUACCUUUCAUAUAGAGAGUUUAAUUUUAAUAAAAUGUUUAAUUAGAGCAUCCUUCCCUUUUAUUCUACUUUGAACAAAUAGUAAUUUUACCCCAACUACUUUUCAUGAAGAGUGCUUUGAAAAUUAAAGGAAUUUUUAUUAUUAUGGUAACCUUAUGAGUAAAAAUAAGUUACUUUAAUUGCUUUAUUUCGUUAGUUGUCAUUUUAUUUUGUACUAUGCUGGUAAACUAAUUGUGGUUUAGAAUAGUUUUAUGUUCACUCCUGAUAACUGAGAAACAGAACUAAAGUUUUCCUUACAUUCCUAAAUGGAUAAACCUCAUAUUCAAUAAACUAGUAAAUGUAGCCACUUGACUGAUUGCGUAAAUCGUGUUAAAACAUUCUAAUAUGUUGUAAAUAAUUUAAUGUGAAUACUGUUAGAUAAACAGAAAAUAAUUGCUUAUAAAAGUCUAACUUCACCCAGUUACCAAGUCUUGGCCAAAUUUUAUCUUCUGCCUAUAGUUUUUACUAGCCUUUUUAAACUGUAAUAGUGAGUGAUCAUUACUUUAUAUUCUCGUAAGUUAGAAAUACUUGAAUGCCAAAUUAAUUUUAUCUUUUAAGAAAGCUUAUUUUUAACAUAAUUUUUUAGUAUGGAGGGUUUGUAAAUAAUGUAAAGUUUGUAAACCUGUAUUUAAAAUACCAAAGUUUUUACUUCUUUUAUAACAUUGUAAGAUACUAGAAAAAUGGGCUUCAAGUUUUUUAAUAGCUUUCACAAAGUUUGUGUAGUUUUUUUUUUUUUCUAUUUGGUUAAGAUGUGAGUUGGAAAUGUAUUAUUUGAAACAUUUAAACUAAUUUUUGUAUUUAACAGCAGUCUCAGACAUUUGUCUUUUCAACUCAGUUGAGUUGUAGACAUCAAAUAGAAAUGUCCAGUUGAAACCUCCUGACUCAUGUACUACUACACAAACUAGAAAAUGACCAUUUAUUUUUAUGUUGAUUCAACACUCCAAAUACAGAUUGAUACAUAUAUACUAAUCAUUUUAUUUCAUGUAAAAGUUUUACAUCUAGGGUGCCUAUUUAUUUUUAUAGAUGUUUUCAUCCAGUUAUAAGCUUAUUAUAACUUUGUAAAUAUUUCAGCCAACAGUUGUAAUGUUUAAAAUACUUACCUUCAGAAUGUUAUAUUUUCAUGUGAAAUCAAUUUCUUCUAAUUCAAAAAAAUUUUAAGAUAAACUGAUUUUUAAGUUUA